UUAAGGAUCCCAGACAGGCAAAGGCAAAUUCUAUAACAGAAGAUAUUAAUACAAAAUUAAAAAUAAAAAAAAUAAAAAAAGUGUAAGUGGAAUAUUAAAAGAAAGUACGCAUUUACACAGAAAUCCACAGGAUAGCAAUAAAUCCAGAAAAUACCACAGGGACGGAGUUACAGAGAGAACAGAAGAUGACCACAGGAGUAAUAAAAAGGAGAUUAAAGAUUUAAUUAAUCAAAUACGGAGUGAAGUGGACUUUACACAGAAUCCGUACGAUGUAAUAGAAGCAGUUGAAGAUCUCAUAUGGUUAGAGGAGAGUAUAAGGGACUCAUCCAGUGCAAAUAAAGUCAGGUAUAUGGCAAUGGGUAUAAAUACUAUAAUAAACCCAGACUUAUCAGUACUUAAAAGGAAAAUGAAAGAGUACCAGGAGGUUCUAGAAGUGAAUGAGGCUAAGAAUAAAGUAGAGAAGUGGUCAGAUGUAAAGGAGCACUUAUUAGAUAUAAUAUGCGAGUAUAGCAAUGAGAAAGUGUUUAAAGUACCUUUACUUAAGAAUUGCUAUAAUAACUGGAGAGUGUGGGUGGAGAGGGUCCUUGCCAAUAUUUGGUGUGGCAAUUACAGCGUAAAGGAGCUAAAAGAGGAAAUAUCUCGUGGUAAGGGUUACCCAGCCGAGUGGUCAGGGAUAGAUUUCGCACAGACACCAAGGCAGAUUAAAGAUAAAUUAAUUAAGUACAGCGAGUGUACAGAAGGGAGUGAUAAGAAAUCUAUAAAAAUAACGGCAGAGUCAAUUAUAAAUUUAAGUACAAAAACCAAUCAUAAAAAACCUGAAAAAAGGACCCGUAAGAUAAAUACGGUCAUGCAGGAUAUUUCUAAUUAUAAGAAUGAACAGGGAGAAGAAAGUUCAUUAAAUAUUCAGUGUACAGAGCACGUGCUUAAAAGGGACUUAUACAAUACAGGAGAAAUAAACCAAAAUAACAGGAUAGAAGAAGAAAUAGAGAAAACAAGCAGACCAGACAAAGUAGACAGAAUCAGUAAGAUAUAUAAGGCAGACAAGGUGUAUAAGGUAGACAGAGAAGACAGGGAAGACAAGAUAGACAAGGUAUAUAAAGCAGACAGGGAAGACAAGGUGUAUAAGGCAGAUAGGCCGGACAGACCGGAUAAGGCAGACAGAGAAGACAGGGAAGACAAAUUGUAUAAGGCAGACAAGGCAGAUAGAGCGGACAGACCGGAUAAGGCAGACAGGCCGGACAGACCAGACAGACCGGAUAAGGCAGACAGGCCGGACAGACCAGAUAAGGCUGAUAAGACGCCUUCUUUUUAUUUUGAGGGUGGUGGUAAAAGAGCUCUUCUUCAGGUGAGAGAGAUAAGUCCGUUAUAAUUUAAAUAUAAAGAUAUAAUAACCCGAAUUAACCCUAAAAUAUUUCAGUAUAAUUAUGGUAAUAAUGUAUAACACGUUAUACAGCCAAUAAUAAAAUAAUAAAAAUCUAC